AUGGGACUCAUCACCACACUCGCACUCGCAUACGGCGCGAAACAGGCCAGUCAGGCGAUGCAGCAGUACGCCAACGCGCAGAACAAGCCCACCACGCUUCCCGCCGGACAGCAGCAACAAUGCUGCGCGCAGGGACCGCCGCAGCAGCACGGCUACGCUGCCGCUCCUCCGCCUCCUCCUCCCGGAUCGAACUCGUACCAUCCUGCCUACGGCGCAGCGAGCUCAGGCUACCACCCAGGCUACAUCCCGACCCAGCAGCAGCCUGCGCCUCCUCCACCGCAGUACGGCUUCUCUGCGCCAGGAGCAGGAAGCGGACCGGCCUCGGACGCCAACCACAUCCUUUCAAUCCUGCAGCAAGCGGUCCAAGACCAGAACAUCCACUCCUUCUACCCACCCGGCACCCUCGAACCCCUCGCGCACCACAUAGCCCAAUCGGGCGCGCUCGCACGCAUCGCGCACGAGUGGAACCUCCCGAUGGAGAUUGCGAUGGACUUGGCGAGGCUGGCGCUGUUUGAUGUGGUUCUGUUGGUGGAUGAUUCGGGGUCAAUGGCGUUUGAGGAGAACGGCUCGAGGAUCGACGAUGCCAAGCUCAUCGUCUCGCGCGUCGCAACCGCCGCGACCCUGUUCGACACGGACGGCAUCUCCGUCUUCUUCCUCAAUUCGCCUGUCGUCGGGCAGGCCGUCACGAACGAGCAGCACGCUCAGGCGCUCGUCUCGAGUGUGCAGUUCAGCGGUCUGACUCCGCUUGGAACGGCUUUGAAUCAGAAGAUCCUCCAGCCCCUCGUGAUCCAGCCCGCCUACUCUAACAUCCUCCGCAAACCCGUCCUCGUAAUCCUCAUAACCGACGGCGAGCCCUCCUCCGAGCCACGCACCGCCCUCUCCCAAUCCAUCCUCGGCGCAAAACAAGCCCUCUCGCAAACUCGCUACGGACCCGACGCGUUGAGUGUCCAGCUCGCGCAGGUUGGGGAUGAUAGGAAGGCGAGGGAGUUUUUGGAUGAGGUCGAUAGGGAUAGCGAGGUCGGUGGGUUGGUGGACGUCACGGGUGCUUUCGAGUACGAGAGCGAUCAGGUGUUGAGGUUGUCGGGUAUCGCGCUCACACCGGAGAUGUGGCUCGUCAAGCUCCUGCUCGGCGGGAUCAACUCGGCUUACGACAGGAAAGACGAAGGACGGUACUAA